AUGAAAGAGCGCAUCUUGGAGCUGAACAAGCCAUACGAGGAAAUGAACGCCGAGUACUUCAAGACGCACCCAGACUACUUGCAACUGAUGGCACCAGGAGGAUUCGAAGAGGGAUACCUUGAACCACGUGGAACCCUGGAUUUGCAAAAGAGAUCGUCUGCAUCAUACCAAGACUAUGAACCCGUUCACGAGUACUUUGAAAUCGAUGAGGAUUUCAAAUCGAAAAUCUCCAAUAGCGUACCAUGGGAUGAAAUACAAGGAAGCCAAUUCCCAAGGAUGCAAACUGAUGGUCUUUGGGGCGAUACCCACGUAUGAUACGGGAACCAGAGCAAAAAAACGAAGCCAUCAAGUUGGAUUCAAAAUAAUAACCGUAUUUGAACUGCAGUCGUUUAUCUAAAUGGUGCCACGACAAUUGAAUUGAAAAUGACCGUGGAAAGCCACGGAGAGUUCUGACGUAAUCCUAUCAUAAUUAUGAGUUUCAAAUGAUUGUAUCACAAUCUCGAGAAUCCUUCGGACUUCUGGUUUCUUACACAAAUAUCUUUUUUUCCAGGAAUGUCAUUUCCAUGAUUGCUUAUGUCCUCUUUUACUGCACGGUCCUUCUCCAUGAGAUCCUAUUCUAAUGGACACCCUACCUGUCCAACGAUUCCAUAUUGCUACGUUUGGUUGUGUUUACCGGUCAGAAAUGAAAAAAAAGAAAUCAGAUUCUGGAGUGAAACCGUAAUCAUCUUAAAAGAAGAAGAUGAAUUCUCGAAAAUGAUUUAAGGAUGUCUGGAAAGUGUUUUUUUUUGUGGAAAAUGUGCUACUCCUGAGGUUCUUGUUCCACUGGACUGUCGAAAAGUCUGUAUAAACCAAGAAUGUCGAAUGAGUGAGAAAAUCUACACAAAAAGUACCUGCUUCGAAUUUUCUAUCAGCACUUGGUGUAGUAGCCAAAGCUGGCGAUUUUUUAUGUCAGUCCUGCGACACUUUGAGGAAAAAUAUUGCUGUACAUUUUAAAGCAAAAGUUACUUUUAAUUAUCUCUGUAGGUGAAAAUGAUUCAAGCCAGCAACUUAAGUAUUUCCAGAAGGUUACGGAAAAAUUACUUUUUCA